AAUUGACUCCGUCAACCCCUGCAAUUCUAUUUCUUGUGAACUUUCCGUGAACGCGCGGCUUAUGUUUACUACUCUUCCUGUACCUGCAUCAUGUACUUACCCCUAUAUCUGCAUCCUUAUAUCACUCCCAAAUCUCCCCUAAGCCUAUCUGUCUCUCUCAUCUCCGGCUCUCUCUAUUGAUGGAAAAAGGAAUGGCCUUCCUUGCUGAAUUCAGGGUCCUUAUAAGUAUCGUUCUGGUCUUAAUCCUUGUUUCUCCUGCUUCUAGCCAUAAGAAUAAUCAUCGUUGUCCUCCUUCUUCCUGUGGCAAUAUCUCCAACAUUAGCUAUCCGUUUCGACUAACAAGUGAUCCACCAAAUUGUGGAGAACACAGGUAUGAGCUCUCAUGUGAUGACAACAGCCAUACGUUGUUAUAUUUACAUGGUAGUAAAUACUACGUAAGCCAAAUCAAUUACAACAACUACACAAUCCGAAUUGUAGACUCAGGUAUUCAGGAGGAUAAUUAUUCCUUUAUCCCUCGUUAUUUUCUAAACAGUGGUAAUGUGAGUACUUGGCCGGACUGGGAUAUUUCAUAUUUGACAAGCGUUGUGGCUAUUGUGAAUUGUGAAAAGCCAGUGACUUCGGCUUCCUCUUUCCUUUUGUACACGAUUUCUACGAAUUGUUCUAAUAUUAAUAAUGGAUCUGGGUAUUCUUCCAACUCCUCUUUAUCUCAAUAUUCCAAACGGUACAUAUAUCUUAUUCUUUUCCGUGGAGUGAAUGCGACGGAUGUGGAGGAGUCGUGCACGAUAGAGCAAAUGUCUCUGACAUCAUGGCCUCAUGCUGAUCUUCCUUUUAAUAUUUCCCGAUCAUGUACAGACCUCCGCAAUUUAUUCUCAUAUGGUUUUGUGCUUUCAUGGUGCCGACUUUAUUGUGGAAGCUGCAGUUCUUAUUACUACAUGGAAGACGAUAAUAAAGUUUCUUGCUCUGUAUCGGGAUUAAUUGGUUUCUCAGAACUAAUGGCCUUUUAUGUAGGAUUAAUUACUUCCUUAGUACGACUGGCCGAAAGGGUAGCUUAUUAUACUACUGGAUUAGUCAAGCCCAUGCAUCAUCUCAUAAUCCAACAUGUGCCUUAUAUGUAUAAAAUUGAUAAUUUAAUAGGUUCGGCACUUGUAUUAAUUGGAUUACUGCUGGAAUGGCGUCUGCCAAUUAGUGUAUUAGGUGCUCCAUUCGUGAUUGCAUUUUUGAUACAUAAAUGGCGAAGGAGGCACUUAUCCAUGUACGACAAUGUUGAGGAAUUUCUGCAAGCCCAAAACAACCUCAUGCCAAUAAGGUACUCUUUCUCAGAAAUUAAGAAAAUGACCAAAGGUUUUAAAGAAAGUUUGGGUGAAGGAGGAUUCGGCACAGUUUUUAAAGGAACACUUCGAAGUGGACAUCUUGUAGCAGUAAAGAUGUUAAACCAAUCCAAAGCAAAUGGGCAAGAUUUUAUCAAUGAAGUAGCGACCAUUGGAAGGAUCCAUCAUGUGAAUAUAGUGCAACUCAUUGGUUUUUGUGUUCAUGGUUCAAAGCGUGCCCUCAUAUAUGAGUUCAUGCCCAACGGAUCUCUAAACAAACACAUUUUUUCAUCAGAGGCAAAUAUCCUCAACUACAAUAAAACAUAUGAUAUUGCUUUAGGAGUGGCUCGUGGGAUUGAUUAUUUACAUAAAGGAUGUGAUAUGCAAAUCUUACAUUUUGACAUUAAGCCCCACAACAUUCUCCUAGAUGAGAAUUUGAACCCCAAGGUUUCGGAUUUUGGCUUAGCAAAAUUGUACCCUGUGGAAGAUAGUAUUGUUCCUUUGACUCAAGCAAGAGGAACGUUAGGAUACAUGGCUCCUGAAAUGGUUUACCAAAACAUUGGAGGCAUUUCAUAUAAAGCUGAUGUCUAUAGCUUUGGAAUGUUGUUGAUGGAAAUGGCGAGUAGAAGAAAGAACUUGAAUCCAUUUACUGAACAUUCAAGCCAAAUUUACUUCCCCACUUGGAUACAUGAUCAAUUGCAUGAUGGAAAGAUUAUAGAAAUACAAGAUGCUAUUGAAGAUGACAGGAAAAUAUGUAAGAAGAUGAUGAUAGUCGCAUUAUGGUGCAUACAAUUGAAGCCUACCGAUCGUCCAUCAAUGAACAAAGUCGUCAAAAUGCUUGAAGGAGAUGUUGAAUGCUUACAAGUUCCUCUCAAGCCUCUUCAGCCAUCACCAAAUAGAGAGAUAAAGGGUGCUAGAGAUAAUUCAAAUCAAGCUUCAUCGUCAAUUCAGUCACACCACCCUUAAUACUUGGAAAGUUUGUCCAGAAGAUGGUGAUGAAUUCCAACCCCUAGCUAAGGAUGAUUAAGGACAAGCCAGACCCUAACCGUCAACUAGAGUUGAUUGUGAUGUUCCUAGAAAUGGUUAUGAUUACCAUUCAGCGCAUCUGAGAGAUGCUUUGAAAUUGUUUUUGUUUUGAAAGCUUCUGAUGAACCCAAUCUGUAAUAAGUAGAUAUAAUCUCCAUAAAAAUGUUUGAACUAUUGUGUUGCACUUGGACAUCUACUAAGUAAGGCAUUAAUUAUGUUUUAAUUAAGCGUUGGGAUGUUUAGUUAA